AAGAUGGCUGCUUCCAUGAGUAACCACGAGAAUUCUGUAGUUGAGAAUGAAUUGUCUGUUUUUAUUAGCCUACAUCGGCCUCAGCUAGAAUCUGCAGGUAUUCCGCAAAUAUAUUGGAGUACGCUAAUGUUAAAACUAAAAAAUGAGGUGCUAGAUGCAGGAAGUGCAUUCAGUUUACUGGAAGUGCAAGAUGAAGAAGGCACUCAUAUCCAUUGGAAGGUGGUCGUCACUAUUGAUGAAGGGAUAAACGUUGGAGAUCACCAACAUAUUUACCUAGUGGACCAUGCGUGGACAUACACGGUGCGUGAUGCGAGACAGCAUCUGCAGCAGAUACCAGGGCUGCUUGAGAGGAUGGCUGCUCUCUUUGAUAUUGAUGCCGACAGCUUAACUCACGAUGAGCUGGUUGAGAUCACUCUGAAUGAGAUGUGGCGAUACAACCAGACUUACCGGCUUGGAAACAUUGAUGCGUCGGCAGAAGAGAAACUUCCUGUAUGGUACAUACUGGAUGAAUUUGGUUCACGUAUCAUGCACAGCAGUGAUCCAAGCUUCAGAGCUGUUCCUUUCUUCAACAUACCAUCACAGAUGUCAUUCACUGUCAUCUGGCCGAUGAAAGACCUGAAUCAUGGAGAUGAGGUUACAAGGAGUUACGUUGAGAAUGAAAGUGAUGAUCAAAUUAGGGCAGUCAGAAUGUUGCCGUGGGAACCAUCGGACUUCACAUAUAUUGACUCAAAACAGCUUGAGCCUCCUGAAUCUUUCUUUGCGGCAAGUCGAGAAAAUGAAACUCUUCCAUGUGAGGACAGACUUGACAAGUUUUCAGCAGUGCCACCUAGUGACUCAAAAUAUAAAGUUUUCUCAAAUUAUAGUUAUGUCAAUGACUUUCUAAAUCACCCACGAUUCGAAAUUGUUCACAACAAAGAUGAAGCUGACAUCCUCUGGGUCAGAGAACACUUUAAAGAUUACAAAACAUUUAGCGAAGAGUCUCCAACCAAGUUCAUCAACCAGUUCCCAUACGAGAGCGUACUUACCAUCAAGGAUCUGCUGGCAAUCGUCUGCCGUCGAGUGGCGCGUGCCUGCGAGGCUGGAACUGAUACUGACAUGCUUGAGACGCGACCGGCCUGGCUGCCAACCACAUACAACCUCGUCACAGAAUUGCCCCAGUUCAUCUCCUACUUUCAACAGAGAGAGGCAAAGGGACUCGAUAACCACUGGAUAUGCAAACCAUGGAAUCUGGCGCGAGGUCUCGACAUGUAUAUCACAAACAACAUCAACUGUUUAGUCAGACUGCCUGACACGGGGCCCAAGAUUGCGUGCAAGUACAUUGAGGAUCCGGUGCUGUUCGUCCGGGAAGAUGUCGGACCUGUGAAGUUUGACAUGCGGUUUAUCGUCCUGCUGAGUUGUGUGCGCCCAAUGAAAGUUUGCAUCUACCAGCACUUCUGGCUACGAUUUGCCAACAAGGCAUUUUCCCUUGAUGCCCUAGAUGACUAUGAGAAACAUUUCACGGUGAUGAACUACAGGGAUGAUGGAGACUGGAAACAAAUGUACUGCGAUGAAUUUGCCAGUCAGUUUGAGCAGCAGUACCCAAUCCAACAAUGGAGCAAUGUGAUGGCAGACAUUCUCUCUGUGAUCAAAUCAGCAAUCGAGUGUGCGAUGAUGGCUGCGCCCCCUGCUGGCAUUGCUCACUCGCCACAGUCCCGUGCAAUGUAUGGUGUCGACAUGAUGCUUGCCUGGAAGAAGAAUGCCAGAGGGGAUAAGUACAUUCAGCCAAUGCUGUGUGAAUUCAACUACACACCAGACUGCGCCAGAGCUUGCACCUACUACAGCAAUUUCUUCAACGACGUUUUUAGCACUCUUUUUCUAGACGAUAUUACAGGUCGACCUGUAAUCCAACUAUAGUGUCAGCUAUGUAGUCAAUGCAAUAUAUUUUACACGAGGAAAAUAUAGGAGGAGUAUAUAUCUAUAACGCGUGCUUUGUUACAUAUUUCAGUCAUGGUCUGAAAAAUCCAACGUGAAUGAUUUGAAGGUUUUGUACAUGCGGAUAGAUGAGAAACUCAUCAAGAUUGUAUAUCGAAACCAUGCUUUAAUUUCUGUUCUUGUGCAUGAUCAGGUGCGUUUUAAUGUCCACGGUGUAUAACUCACUGAAUACUAAUAAAGGAGGAAUAAAUUUGUAAA